AUGGUCUCCACUGAGUCAUCAUAUACUCGCUGGGAAUCCCUCAAGGAUGAGGAAGUUACAGUUAGUGAUGUUCAGGACACUCUUGCCCCAGCCAACGAUGACCUGUGGGUGGCAGCUGCCUGCACCGACCGGUUCGUGAGCGACGAAGUAGUUCAACGUUCCCUCAUCGAACUUGGAAUCAAUCGAACGAGCGCAGCUGUGCAGAGGUGCAAAGAGGUCCUUCUCCGACCCUCUAGGGCUCCUGGAAGUUCUGACGCUGUAAAUGAGCCCAAAGAACUGCUUAGUGCGUACUUCACUGAUACACCUGAAGAUGCACAACUGUGUCACAUUCGGACUGUUCUACUUGCGCGCCUCAACAGACUGAACUCCUUCGCCGAGAUCUACAAGGAGCUUCUGGCGAAGAAGAGAGACGAAGAAGACAAUCCAGGGAUCGAUGAAGAAUGGGAAGAUGACCCUUGGAAAGAAGAAGUGGAAGCUUCUAUCAUUGCUCACGCAGCAACUCCUGUUCAGUCGCUGCAGGACUUUUUGACGAAGGAUAUCUUGGAUAUGGCAUGCUUUUACGCAUCGCAGGAGUGUUUCGACGCUGUGCGAACUCUUCUAACGUACCACCGCUCGUGUCUGUGGCCGUCCCGCUUCAGCAUUCUGGAAAGCAUACCAUGUCACUCCCACCCUUCCGACUAUCGUGACUUUCUUCCAGCUUGUGACGCGGCCACAGACAAAGAACUCGCAAGCCCGUUACUCAGAUGGCGGACAGAAGAAGAUUGGGUGGAGUCAACGGAGGUUCAAGCGGCUCUUUCACAAAUGAAGCUCUCAGCUGAACUCGGAACUCUGCAUUCCUCAGCCAGCGCCGCUUCCAAAGAAAGUCAGCUGUUAUCUGCACAACAACUGACUAGUUGGUACAAGAAACGUGUCGACCAGGUCAUAUCAUCGACAGGGAUGCUAGACAUAGCAUUGUCCCUUGUGCAGCAUGCUGGCUCUCUAGGUAUCCCAGACCUUGACGAGCUAGGAGAAGAUCUGAGCUUGAUGACCCGGCUGGUUUAUGACAUUCCUCAGGCCUGGGUUCAAGAUGAUGAGGAUUGGACUUUAGCACGCUGGCGGAGCAUGGAACCGUCCCAAGUCGUGGGCGCAUAUCUAGCACAUUCAACAACAGACACCGUAGCUAAGGACAUCUCGCGGUUAAUCAUGCCCUAUCUCUUUGUUUUGGAGUCGCGAUCGGAACGAGCUGGUCAGCCUGACCCAGAUCUUCCCGACCGUCUUCUUCAUAAUUACGUUCUUGGUGCACCGUUGGAUAUCGUCGCGGCAAUCAUUGAAGCCUCCAAACGAACAUUGCUUCCGCCACAAAGGGUUAUCAAGAAUGACGAGGACGUUGCACGGCUUGCUCUGGCUUGCCUUUAUGGCAGCGAUAGCCUCACGGAGUGGAUGACAAUGAGCCGUAUUUUUGAAUGCCUUCCCGCAUGGGAAAUUGGCCCAAGCCCCGAAGAUGAAGCAGACGAAGCAGGCGCUACGAUCGUUUCUCUUGGAGACUUCGUGACGCCAUCCACAGCGCACCCUCAGUGUGGCCCUACAGAUCUACUUUACUUCUUCAAGCCUCUUCCAAUCGCCUCGCUCUCGCGCGCGCUUGACAUUCUUGACGUUCACCUUGAAUCCGGAGAGAUAUUUGCGCGAUGGAACGUUCCUGCACCGUUACGCUGGUUCCUUCAAAGCGCAGGUAAUGUCACAGAACAGCGUGCUUGGGCCAACAGGAUGGCUCGUCGUACUGGUGCCGCCGUCGACAAACUUGGGCAGAUGGAGGACUGGGAAUGGUUACUCAAUGACAUGUUGAAACUUUGUGGGAAAAACGAAUCUGGUGUACCAAGUGCCUUUGGACUUUUGACGGAAGAAGAGGUGUCAUCCAUAUUUUUCAGCGGGCUUCUGAGUUCUGGUCGAUUUGAUAUCGCCAAAAACCUUAUCCAUUCUAAGCACGGCAAGCUAACCCUUCGGGCGUCUAAAAUCGAAGAUCUCUGCCUUGCCGCGUCUCGCGAAUUUUAUGAUAACGCAAGUUCUGCUAAUUACAAAGUUGGCGACAUGAAGCUUGCCUAUGACUGCUUGGAUGUUCCUGCACCAUCUCAGCAGUUAACAAAGGAGCGAGAUUUCAUUGAAGCUACAUCCCGCCUCUCUUCAUUCAACAUCAUGUCUCGACCAGGAAUUCCCAUUUUGCCCAUCGAGAUACGACUCACCAAAGACCGCCUAUCCCUAAUCUCCCGGGUCCUUUCGAGCAAUGCAGGCGCCUAUAAGCAUACACAAGUAAUGCUCGACCUCCUUCACAAACUCGGGUUCCGAGAUGACGUCGUUGCAGAGGUGAAGACUCUCGCAAUGAUAUCUGACGCCGCAUUACAAGCGGAGGAUUUCGCGCGGGCGUUUGACACGAAUCAAAAAAUGAUUGAUGUAGUGUUCAAGCUUCGCUCAGCUAUUACAUCAUCAGGGUCAGAGGAUCUACGAUUCCAGGAGGCCAGCGAAGUUUGCUGGCUCGCCUGCUUUCAGCUUGGGCGGCAUCCAGAAUUCCCGGACGUCGAACAGAAGCUCACGCUUAUGGGCCGUGCGUUGGAGCUGUGCCCGGCAGACAAACUGAAUGAUAUUUUGAUUCCUUGGCGGCGAAUGGAACAAGAAGAUUUGGAGGUGCGCAAGGAACGACUUGCCGAUCACUCCCCCCGUCCGAAACCUGCCGCUACAAAACCUGUCUCUUCCCUGCAAUCACGCUUAAACAAUCUCCAUGUUCCCACAACUCCCCUUCUUAAUGCCGAGGAUGCGGCUGCCCUCGCUGGUCGAGCCUUCAGCCGCGUGGCAUCUAAUUUCCCUUUCAGAGUCAGUGGACGCGAGCGCUCGGAGAGUCGCGAGGGUCAAGCCAGGUCGGGAAGUCGAGAUGAAAGUCGUCACAGGCUGGACGGUGAAGACGUCACCCAACAAGCAAGCCGAGCGCUUCAACGAGGCAUUGGCUGGCUGUUAGGGGCAGACGACGAAAGCUGA